GUACAAUAUCAAAAAUUAUUUUAUACAAUCGUGUUAAAGCACUUGAUAAAUUUAAUGAAUAUAGUAUUGAACCUGUUGAAAUUAAUAUUAAAAAAUAUAUUAAAUAUGUUACUUAUGUAUGGAAUAAUGUUACUGAAUUUACCAUUAAAAAUUGUUGGCAAAAGACAGGUAUUUUAUCUGAAGUAGAUACAGAUGAAUUUAAUUUGAAUUAUACUGUAGAUGAAAUGGACAUAAAUGAAAUUACAGUAAAUAAUACAAAUGAGGUUCAAGUAUUAAUUGAUAGACUAAAUCUUGAAGAUCCUUUUAGUGCUAAUGAAUUUAUUCAUUAUAAUGAUACAGAAGUUAUUACAGAAAUAAGAACUAAUGAUGAAAUUCUAGCUGCACAUUUUGGCAGAAAUCCACCACUUUGUAGUAAAUCUCAUUUAAAAUUGAAUCAUAAGAUUCAUGAAACUUCUUUUGAUCCCGAAUGCGAUAGAACCAGUUUAGAAUUUUUAUGGCCGAUGCUUUAA